AUGUCACUGCUGGAAAUGAAACAGGGAUCUAACGAAACACGCGGGGAGUUCGUUGCUCGGUUUACUAAAGCAUCGCUGGAAGUCCCCAGGGCUAAAUCACAAAUUAAGGGCUAUGCUUUUGCUCGUGGGUUGAGGCCCGGUGCUUUCUGUGAUAAUUUACAGAUACGACAACCAAGGGACUUUGAGGACAUCUUAGCCCGUCUCCCCAACCAUACUCAGCUGGAAGAGGCCAGAGCUGCCCGAAAGGCAGAGCAAGAAAGUAGCAAGCUCAAGAAGGCCGAGGGCAGGGCUGAACAAGUGGAUAAUCAUUUUCAAGGGAGGGCACCGUAUAGGGGCCUGCCCCCAAGGGCUCAAGGCCCCAGGGCUGAACAAGGGGCAAGGGUAGUGAACAAUGUGAACAGGUUGCACGACCAAACACCGUUGAAUAGGUCUCAGGAGGAGAUUUUCCAUCUGAUCAAGAACGAGCCUUAUUUUAGAGCUCCAAGGGAUUACGCUGAGGGAGCUACCAGGCCUGGGCCGAACAACUUGCUUUGUCAAUACCAUAACCAUUAUGGUCAUCCCACGGAGUAUUGUGGGCACUUGAGGCACCAGCUGGAAGUGCUGGUAAGUCAGGGAAAGUUGGAUCAGUUUGUUAAGCAAACACCACCACUACAGCAACACAACAACGCUUACCCCGACAGAGCUGCACAGAAUCAGGGAAAUAGGGGAGGGGGUCACGGGGCUACCCCAUCUCGAGAGAACAAGAGACAAGUCUAUAUGAUUAUUGGGGAGGAUGAUGGCCCUACAUCAAAUCGGGCCCAGAAACAAGCCAUACACUCCACUAGAGCUGGCACUUACCCUAGACAUGUGAUGUCGGUUCGCACCGCAGAAAGGGAGCCAAAUAUCUCUUUUAGACCAGGGGACCAUGCGGGGCUUAUUCAUCUGCAUGACGAUGCGCUGGUUUUUUCAGCAGACGUGGCGAAUUACACUGUGCACCGCAUCUUUAUAGACUCGGGCAGCGCUGUCAACAUCAUUUACAAGGAUUGCUUGACGGCUAUGGCUUUGAAUGCUGCUUUGAACCCACCAGGCAACCCGCUGUACAGAUUUACGGGGGAGUCCAUCACACCGCUGGGGUCAAUAGAGCUACCCAUGACAUGGGGAAAAGAGGGAGCUUCGCGAACGCAAAUUCUGAAAUUUUUGGUGGUAGACUUUCCAAAGCCCAGCUGCAACAUCAUCGUGGGGAGGCCAGCCCUGAAUGCUUUUCAAGCCGUAAUAUCUAUGUAUCACCUGAAGAUGAAGUUCACGUUGGAAGGAGGGGGGAUAGAGGAAGUAGUUGGAAAUCAAAUUACUUCGAAAGAAUGCUUCGUCCGAAGUUUGACAGCGCAGACCGGAGGAAAGCGCUCCCAGAACGAAUAG